GCCCAGGCAAGGCAGAGCAUCAGCUGUCUGAUCCGGACUCCUCUCCAGUUGCGGACCACUGCAUGAGCAGACACGGCACACUCACGUUCACCGGGAUCCAUCGGGACAUAACGGCAUAUAUCUGCGCAUACAGGGGAGAAGUGCGCAAAAGCCACAGAUUGGAACAUUAGUCCGCGCACGGCUGAUUCUCUCUCAUCUAUUUCCACUCAUUUAUCAUUCCCUUUGUGCCCUGCACGGACAGCCCGGGACUGGAGGUGAUCGCGGGGGGUCUUCAUCGGCAUGGAGUCCUGAUUUUACCAAGCGACCCACCGGGAGGAAUGAAACUGAGAAAACCCGUCGCGGUGGUGGAAUAUUAAUAACCUAAUCCUGACAAUAAUCCAGAGGAUGUUGCAGCAGAGUUUGAGACUCUAGAGAGCAUCACAACUUUUUUUUGCGUGUGUGUGUCCGUCUCCGUUUAUAAUCUCCCCCCCUCUCAUCCGUUUCGCCCGUGGGACUGCUAUUUUUCUGACUGAUUUGCAGUAGUUCACUCUCUGCCAUGGACCGGUCGGCGUCUUUGGAUAUAGAAGCGCUCAAGAUGACCCAGGAACAGUAUAUCCUUGCAGCGCAGCCCAACCCGCUCCACCAACGGGCACCGUCGGUGUGUGGCGCCCAGGUUUACCCAGCGGUGGGAAUCUACGGCUGGAGGAAGAGAUGCUUGUACUUCUUCAUCCUCCUCCUUCUCGUCACCAUGAUCGUCAACCUGGCGCUGACCAUCUGGAUCCUCAAAGUCAUGAACUUCACCCCGGAUGGUAUGGGGAAUCUGCGGGUGACAAAGGAAGGCGUCAGAUUGGAGGGUGUGUCCGAAUUCUUACUGCCUUUAUACGUCAAAGAGAUCCAGUCCCGUAGGGACAGUCCAUUGAUCCUUCAGUCAGACAGAAAUGUGACUGUCAAUGCCAGAAAUGAUCAGGGUGAACUGACCGGUCAGCUAACCGUGGGUUCAGAGAUGGUGGAGGCUCAGUGUCAGAGGUUUGAGGUGAGGAGUGCGGAUGGAGAGAGAGUUCUGUUCUCAGCAGACGAAGAUGAGAUAACCAUCGGCACUGAGAAGCUUAGAGUCACAGGGAACGAAGGUGUGGUGUUCAGCCAUUCUGUAGAGACUUCACAUGUGAGGGCAGAACCAUCCCAAGACCUAAAGUUGGAGUCCCCGACUCGGACCCUUACCCUUGAGGCCCCCAGAGGUGUCGAGGUCAACGCAGGAGUGGGAGACUUCACAGCGUCGUGUAGGAAAGACCUUCUGCUGCAGUCCUCAGAGGGAGAGAUCUUUCUAGAUGCCAACUCCAUCAGACUGGGCAACAUUCCCCUUGGCAGUGCUGUGGACCCCCUGGAGGGGGCGCCUGCAGGUACCACCUACACUAAACAGACUGUCUACGAGCUGUGUGCCUGUGCUAAUGGCAAGCUAUACCUGUCCCCAGCUGAGAAAGGCUCUACCUGCCAAACCACUAGUAACUUCUGUCUCUGGAGCUGAAAAUACAAAGUUGACAAACACCGAGGACAUAUGGACUAUUAGAGUUUGAAGCUAAUGCUAGCCAACAGACUGAAUCAUCGUGAAUUAGGGCUUGGUGGGAUGUUAAUGCCAGCUAACAGACCGAAUCAACAUCGAUUGUAGCAUGGCGAGAAGUUACAUCCGUUAACCAACCAAAUAACAUGGCUUACGGCUUUGGCAGGAAGCAAAUCCUUGCUAACAGACCAAAUCAACAUGGACUGUGGUUUGGUGUGAAGCUAAUGCCAGCUAAAAGAACUGGAUCUACAUGGACAAGAGCUUGGUGAGAAGCCACCUCACCAUCCAAAUGAAUAUGGAUUGGUCAGUAGCUAAUGCUAGUCAGGAAGAUGUGUGACUUGGCAGUAAGCAAAAGCCAAUUAGGCUUUAUUGCUUAUGGGUUUGAUGCUAAGCCCACUCAUGGCCAUGGAUAGACAGUCUCACUCGAGGGCUCUCAUUGGCUGCCUCUGCCAUUGUUGAAUGGCUGCCAUGAUGUUUCUGAAAGUCACAAGUAUUACAUUUGGGAGUUGAUUGAGAACAACAAACUCUUACAGAGUUGAAUGUUCACCGUUUGACCAAAAUGUUCAGGAAAAUAUAUUCCUGUUUUGUUAGUACAAAAGAUAUGGUGAUUGACUGGAAACUCGCCAGCACGGACUGACCAAGGUCUCUGAGUUCGAAGUUCUGGUUAUCAGUUUGCCAACAGACAUCAGUGAGAACUUUGUUUUUUUGCUCUGCAGGUAUCUAACAAUUAAAUCAGACAAUGGUUUAUUCUUGUGGGAAGCUAAGGCUAGCUAACGGACCAAUCUAUACCAGAAAGGCCUUCCCCUUACUCCCCAUCUAGUCCUAUACCCAAAUUUCCUUUUCCAUAUUAAUCUUCACCAUAUAGUUCACCUAAUGUUCUCCAACCCUAUAUUUCAUAGGAUAACUAAUGCAAAUAAAUGUGUUUCAGCCUUGCAUUCGCCAGCUUUCCCUCCCUACAUUUUCUGAUUUUCACCAUUACAUUUUUUUUUCUUUCACUAGUUACUGCUGUGUUCUUCUUCCCUUCAGUGUCCCAGUUAUCUAUUACUUUACAUAUUUUGCUACUGUUUUCGAUGCUCAAGUUAUUUUUUUCAGUCUAUGCACCUACUUGCACUGAGCUGGUGAAGAAAAUGUUGUUCCACCAAUCCACUUUCUUCCUCCCAUCUGGUUUAAGAAAACAGUAAACAUUUUAUCUGAUUUCUUCCCCUGACUAGUUAAAACAUUUAUUCACAAAUCCUGACAGCUGCAUCAGGGUUUUCCCCCACACUAUCUGCCCCAACAUCUUUCGGUUCUCCGUGUAUAGAAGCAAAUUGCUUAGUAAAAAGAAGAGGAACAGUAAUUUGAGUCUUAGGUUAAAUUAAGACUCAAGAGGGUGCUAAGACAGACAGACCAUGUGGAGCCAUUCCUCUAGUCAGGCAGAGGCAGCAAUCAGGUGAUGGCCAGACCAAUUUUGGUCUUAUCAUGGAGUAUUAUACAUCGUCAUCCUAUGUUCUUUAUCUGUCAGAGUUUCCUUACUCCCUUACAUUACUUUUCUACUUUUCUUGCCAAGUAUUGCUCUUCCUUCUUAGUUAUUUCUUUUCUGUCUUUGAUAUAUAUUUUUCUUGUCUUCGCAUUAAUACUCUUUUUGGUCUUUCUUCAGCUCGUCUUUACUGCAGUAUUUUCACCUAUCAUUACCCCAUGAUCAACACCCUCACCACUUUGUUUUCCCUCCAACAGCUACAUUUCAAAAUUUUAUGUUAAAUCUCUUCACCACCAUUCACCAAAUGACAUAUCUUAAUGUUUUUCUGUCUUCUUUGGCUAUCACCAACUCAAAUAUCACCCCUCCAGUCUUACCCUUUACCCCAUUUUAAAAGUUCAGUAACAAAAGCAAGAAAAGUCAAGGAGGUCAAAAGAGGUUAUUGUUUAAGUAUGCAUCAAUCCAUGUUUUGUAGCUUGUUUGGAGUUGGGUCACAUGGCAGCAAGUUAAACAGGUAGUCUAGACAUCCCUCUCCCUAACAUUUCCAGCACUUUGUGGGAGGUCCCAUGGCAUUCUUAGUCCAAAUGAGAUCUGUUGUGUCUUCAGCAUAUUGGGUUUGUGGGUCUGAGCUCCUCACCCUAUCUAUAAAUAUAAGCCCAGACACUUCACAGAGGAAACUAAUUUCAGCUGCUUGUAUUGGUGAUCUGAUUCUUUUGGGCACAACCAAAAAAAACAUGUACAUUGCGGUUGUUCAUGGAAAUCACAAACAGGACCAGUGACGGGGAAACCUUGGCAGAGGCCAGUACCAACAGGAAACAUGCCUGACCUCCUUCCGACAAUACAGAGACAGCUCUCAUUGCAGUUAUUUAAGAAACAGAUGGCUCGUAAUAACUCUCCCAGUACCAUACUCCAAUAGUGCUCUCCACAAGGCCCCCUUACGGACAUGGUGGUAAGUAAUCUCCAAGUCCACAAAUCACAUGUACACCUGAUAGGCAACAUCCCAUGUCCCCUCCAGUAACCUUAUAAGGGUGAAAAGCUUGUUCACUGUUCCAUACCUGGGUUGGAAUCUGCAGUAUUCCUUCUGGAUAUGAGGUUCAACAAUCAAUCAGAACCUCCUUUCAGCACACUGGGGAGGGUGAGCAGUGUGAUACCACAAUAAUUUGAGCACACCCCGUGGUACCCCUUUUUAAAUUAUAGCAAUCAACACCUCAGUUUUGCUCUCCAUGGUUUGUGUCGUUAAAAUCCAGACGACACUGAAAAGGCAUGUUUGUCAAGACACCCCAACUACGACCCCAACCUUCAGCAUAAAGGCAAAAAACAUCCAAACCUGGUGAUAUUCUCCUUGCUUAAGUCGUCAAACUCUGCCUCAUCAUCAGAGGACGUGGUUGGGAUCAUGAGUUCCUCAAGGUGUUCGUCCCACCAGCCAACAAUAUCCCCAGUCAGAGUUACCAGUUCUCUGAUUGCAACUCUGAGCAGCUGUCUCCACAAUGGAGGCUUUGAACAUUGCCCACUCAGAUUGGUGCUCCAAUCUUCUCCAGGAUGAAUUAGAGGUUCCUUCAAAGGUGGCGGAUGACGAUGUUACUGACAGCAGCCUCAGCCAGGUGUUCCAAGGCCAUACUUCCUACAUGUUUGUGUUUACUAUGCCUGUCUGGCAGCCUUCCCCAUCAUCAGAUCCAAUUCAACCUCAUGUGUUGAUCAGUUGACACCUCUGCUCUGAGUGUCCAAGACAUACAACAGCAGAUCAGAUGAUGCCAUCAGGUUGAUCAUCAGUCUUUAAGCCUAGGGUGUUCUAGUACCAAGUACAAUUAUGAACUAUUCUAUGCUGAAACGUGGUGUUUGUUAUGGCCAAUCCAUCUUAAGCACAGAAGUCCAAUAACAAAGUGCCACUCAGGUUCAAAUCAGACUGACCAUUUCUCCCAAUUACGCCACUCCAGGUUUCUCCAUCAUUGCCGACAUAAUCAUUGAAGUCUCCCCGGCAGACUAUAGAGUUUCCAGGUGGUACCCUUUCCAGGACCCCUUUAAGAGACUCCAAAAAGUCUGAAGAUGCCAAACUGCUGUUAGGUGCAUAAGCAUAAUCAACAGUCAGAGCCUUCCUCUCAUUAACUUGCACUCACAUUGGGGUAAACCCUUGCAUGCAACACAGGAAAGCCCCUCCCUCCCAACCACACACACACACACACACACAGACACACACGGCUCCUUCAAUCCCCAGGACAUAGAAGUCCCUCUAGUAUAUUAAGGUGAUGAUCUUUAUCGGUAUGAAUGUCUUCAAGUUGGCUAACCUAGCACCCAACCUCUGCAAUGGUUUGAAAUCAGCAACUUUGUGUGGCAGAAAUCCCCCUGGCAGAAAUUAUGAAUGGAUUUGGUUAUAUGUGUAUGGACUCUGGACGCUGGAUUAAGGCCCUGAGACGUACUUUCUUUUUUAAAACAAAGUGAUACACAGGUGCCUUUGCUGCUGUUGGUAAAAGCACAUCACAGUCUGAACGUUCACACUACCCUCAGUGGACCAUCUGCAAGGGUCUGGACAAACUAUCUAUUUAUCAAUCUACCUAUCUAUUUAGUUCUCUGUCUUUUCCUCCCCCUUUUCUCCUGGUUUUGUAGAACCCUCAGUAUAUCCAGCUGAAAAAAGAACAUUUCAAUCCUGGUUUAAAGUAAAAUUUUCUGAUGUGAUCCCUUAUGGUUUUAUUCUUGAUAAUAAAAAAAGCACAAAUUAUGCCAUGUAUAUAACAAUACCAAUAAAGUAAUAUUGUUUUUCAAGAGAA